AUGGAGACCUCAACUUCAAUGCCCAUAGGUUAUAGAUUCAGACCAACAGAUGAAGAACUUGUGAGUCACUACCUAAAUCACAAGUUGCUUGGUAAUGAUGCGAUUGUCAAUAACGUAAUAGCUGAUGUUGAUUUUUUAGGCUCUGCACCAUGGGAUUUACCAGCAUUGUCCAAGGUGAAAUCGGAUGACAAAGAAUGGUUUUUCUUCACUUGCCUUGAUCCCAUGAAGUCCACCAAAAGCAAAACAAGGUUUAAUAGAAAAACCAAUAUCAAACCUGAAACCGAAACCAAAACCAAAACCAAAGAUGGUUAUUGGAAGAUCACCGGUAAAGAUCGUGAAAUCAAGACAAAAGGUACCAACAUUGUAAUAGGCAUAAAAAAGACUCUUGUUUUCUAUGGUAAUCAACAUGAAAAGACCAACUGGGUUAUGCAUGAGUAUCAUUCCUUUCCUGAUAACAAGGCAUGUGCUUCCCCUCCUCGAUUGGAUAUGGAAUAUUUCUUUCCAGAAACACCGAUUGAAGAGGAGUGUAGCAUAAAAUCACUGCUAAAACCAACCAGUCUUGAGAACGAAAACGGCAUUGGACACGAUCAACCUGAAGCUUUUGAAGAGGACAGUGCUGAUGAUUCUUCGUUCGUUGAUUCAAUUUUGAACGAUGGUGUUUCAAUUAGUAAAGAAACAAGUUAA